GUCUUUAAGUCGGCAAGAAGACACAGCAGCCAGACAUUAAGUCAACGGCGGGUCAGGACUCAACAACCGACUUCGUUCAGAGCGAAUACAAAACCUGAAGCGGAAGAUGCACAAGAUGACCCGAACAGCAACUUUUCUUUUUAUUUUAGUUUUUGGACUCAAGAGUGAAUCUGCGGAGGGAGGACUUCAAGGAUUCAGGAUUAGCACACGACACCUCAACACCAAACCUGGCAAACCAGGCACUACUUGUGACCUAAACACCCUAAACAUCAAAGGGCCUACAGACAGCCAAGGCACCCCUGAAUUCCCACACAAAUAUCCAAGCACCACAGGCACCGAAAGCAGCCCAAGUACCACAAACUCGACAGACAGCGCAAGCACGACAGGCUCAACAGCAAGCUUAAGCACCACAAGAACCACAGAGAGCUUAAACACAGCAGAAACGACAGAGAGAACUGACACUUCAGGUACCACAGACAGCCAAAGUACAACAACUCCAACAGACAGCACAAGCACCACAGGUUCCACAGACAGCGCUAAUACAGCUGGUACUUCGGACAGUCCAGGUCCAAAAGACACCACCAUGAACCCAAGCAGCACAAGCCUAACAAGCAGCACUGAAAUGGCAAGUACCACAAGCAACCUAAGUACCACGAACCCAAUGGACAGCACGAGCAGCACAGGUCCCACAGACAGUACUAAUACAUCUGGUACUUCGGACAGUCCAGGUCCCACAGACAACACCAUGAACCCAAGCACCACAGGCCCAACAGGCAGCACUGAAAUGGCAAGUACCACAAGCAGUCCAAGUACCACAAACCCAAUGGACAGCGCGAGAACCACAGGCCCAACAAAUAGCGCAAGCACCACAGGUCCCACAGACAGCACUAAUACAGCUGGUACUUCGGACGGUCCAGGUCCCACAGACACCACCAUGAAUCCAAGCACCACAGGCUCAACAGACAGCACAAGCACCACAGGUCCCACAGUCAGCACUAAUACAGCUGGUACUUCUGACAGCCCAGGUCCCACAGACACCACCAUGAACCCAAGCACUACACGCCCAACAGGCACCACUGAAAUGGCAAGUGCCACAAGCAGCUCUAGUACCACAAACCCAAUGGACAGCGUGAGCAACACAGGUCCCACGGACAACACUAAUACACCUGGUACUUCGGACAGCCCAGGUCCCAUAGAAACAACCGUGAACCCAAGCAGCACAGGCCUAACAGGCAGCACUGAAAUGGCAAGUACCACAAGCAGUCCAAGUACCACAAACCCAAUGGACAGCGCGAGUACCACAGGCCCAACAAAUAGCGCAAGCACCACAGGUCCCACAGACAGCACUAAUACAGCUGGUACUUCGGACGGUCCAGGUCCCACAGACACCACCAUGAACCCAAUUACUACACGCCCAACAGGCACCACUGAAAUGGCAAGUGCCACGAGCAGCUCUAGUACCACAAACCCAAUGGACAGCGUGAGUAGCACAGGUCCCACGGACAGCACUAAUACAGCUGGUACUUCGGACAGUCCAGGUCUCACAGACACCACCAUGAACCCAAGCAGCACAGGCCUGACAGGCAGCACUGAAAUGGCAAGUACCACAAGCCGUCCAAGUACCACAAACCCAAUGGACAGCGCGAGUACCACAGGUCCCACAGACAGCACAAAUACAGCUGGUACUUCGGACAGUCCAGCUCCCACAGACACCACCAUGAACCCAAGCACUACACGCCCAACAGUCACCACUGAAAUGGCAAGUGCCACGAGCAGUCCAAGUACCACAAACCCAAUGGACAGCGCAAGUACCACAGGCCCAACAAAUAGCGCAAGCACCACAGGUCCCACAGUCAGCACUAAUACAGCUGGUACUUCUGACAGUCCAGGUCCCACAGACACCACCAUGAACCCAAUUACUACACGCCCAACAGGCACCACUGAAAUGGCAAGUGCCACGAGCAGCUCUAGUACCACAAACCCAGUGGACAGCGUGAGUAACACAGGUCCCACGGACAGCACUAAUACAGCUGGUACUUCGGACAGCCCAGGUCCUACAGACACCACCAUGAACCCAAUUACUACACGGCCAACAGGCACCACUGAAAUGGCAAGUGCCACAAGCAGUCCAAGUACCACAAACCCAAUGGACAGCGCGAGUACCACAGGCCCAACAAAUAGCGCAAGCACCACAGGUCCCACAGACAGCACUAAUACAGCUGGUACUUCGGACGGUCCAGGUCCCACAGACACCACCAUGAAUCCAAGCACCACAGGCUCAACAGACAGCACAAGCACCACAGGUCCCACAGACAGCACUAAUACACCUGGUACUUCUGACAGCCCAGGUCCCACAGACACCACCAUGAACCCAAUUACUACACGCCCAACAGGCACCACUGAAAUGGCAAGUGCCACGAGCAGCUCUAGUACCACAAACCCAAUGGACAGCGUGAGUAACACAGGUCCCACGGACAGCACUAAUACACCUGGUACUUCGGACAGCCCAGGUGCCAUAGACACCACCAUGAACCCAAGCACAACAGGCCUAACAGGCAGCACUGAAAUGGCGAGUACCACAAGCAGUCCAAGUACCACUAACCCAAUGGACAGCGCGAGUACCACAGGCCCAACAAAUAGCGCAAGCACCACAGGCCAAACAGGGAGCACAAGCACCACAGGUCCCACAGUCAGCACUAAUAGAGCUGGUACUUCGGACAGCCCAGGUCCCACAGAGACCACCAUGAACCCUAUUACUACACGCCCAACAGGCACCACUGAAAUGGCAAGUGCCACAAGCAGCUCUAGUACCACAAACCCAAUGGACAGCGUGAGUAACACAGGUCCCACGGACAGCACUAAUACACCUGGUACUUCAGACAGCCCAGGUCCCACAGAUACCACCAUGAACCCUAUUACUACACGCCCAACAGGCACCACUGAAAUGGCAAGUGCCACGAGCAGCUCUAGUACCACAAACCCAAUGGACAGCGUGAGUAACACAGGUCCCACGGACAGCACUAAUACACCUGGUACUUCGGACAGCCCAGGUGCCAUAGACACCACCAUGAACCCAAGCACAACAGGCCUAACAGGCAGCACUGAAAUGGCGAGUACCACAAGCAGUCCAAGUACCACUAACCCAAUGGACAGCGCGAGUACCACAGGCCAAACAGGGAGCACAAGCACCACAGGUCCCACAGUCAGCACUAAUAGAGCUGGUACUUCGGACAGCCCAGGUCCCACAGAGACCACCAUGAACCCUAUUACUACACGCCCAACAGGCACCACUGAAAUGGCAAGUGCCACAAGCAGCUCUAGUACCACAAACCCAAUGGACAGCGUGAGUAACACAGGUCCCACGGACAGCACUAAUACACCUGGUACUUCUGACAGCCCAGGUCCCACAGAAACCACCAUGAACCCUAUUACUACACGCCCAACAGGCACCACUGAAAUGGCAAGUACCACAAGCAGUCCAAGUACCACAAACCCAAUGGACAGCGCGAGUACCACAGGCCCAACAAAUAGCGCAAGCACCACAGGCCCAACAGACAGCACAAGCACCACAGGUCCCACAGUCAGCACUAAUACAGCUGGUACUUCUGACAGCCCAGGUCCCACAGACACCACCAUGAACCCUAUUACUACACGCCCAACAGGCACCACUGAAAUGGCAAGUGCCACGAGCAGCUCUAGUACCACAAACCCAAUGGACAGCGUGAGUAACACAGGUCCCACGGACAGCACUAAUACACCUGGUACUUCGGACAGCCAAGGUGCCAUAGACACCACCAUGAACCCAAGCACUACACGCCCAACAGUCACCACUGAAAUGGCAAGUGCCACGAGCAGUCCAAGUUCCACAAACCCAAUGGACAGCGCGAGUACCACAGGCCCAACAAAUAGCACAAGCACCACAGGUCCCACAGUCAGCACUAAUACACCUGGUACUUCUGACAGCCCAGGUCCCACAGACACCACCAUGAACCCAAUUACUACACGCCCAACAGGCACCACUGAAAUGGCAAGUGCCACGAGCAGCUCUAGUACCACAAACCCAAUGGACAGCGUGAGCAACACAGGUCCCACGGACAGCACUAAUACAGCUGGUACUUCCGACAACCCAGGUGCCAUAGACACCACCAUGAACCCAAGCACCACAGGCCUAACAGGCAGCACUGAAAUGGCGAGUUCCACAAGCAGUCCAAGUACCACUAACCCAAUAGACAGCGCGAGUACCACAGGCCCAACAAAUAGCGCAAGCACCACAGGCCCAACAGACAGCACAAGCAACACAGGUCCCACAGUCAGCACUAAUACAGCUGGUACUUCUGACAACCCAGGUCCCACAGACACCACCAUGAACCCAAGCACUACACGCCCAACAGUCACCACUGAAAUGGCAAGUGCCAGGAGCAGUCCAAGUUCCACAAACCCAAUGGACAGCGCGAGUACCACAGGCCCAACAAAUAGCACAAGCACCACAGGUCCCACAGUCAGCACUAAUACACCUGGUACUUCUGACAGCCCAGGUCCUAUAGACACCACCAUGAACCCAAUUACUACACGCCCAACAGGCACCACUGAAAUGGCAAGUGCCACGAGCAGCUCUAGUACCACAAACCCAAUGGACAGCGUGAGCAACACAGGUCCCACGGACAGCACUAAUACACCUGGUACUUCGGACAGCCCAGGUGCCAUAGACACCACCAUGAACCCAAGCACCACAGGCCUAACAGGCAGCACUGAAAUGGCAAGUACCACAAGCAGUCCAAGUACCACAAACCCAAUGGACAGCGCGAGUACCACAGGCCCAACAAAUAGCGCAAGCACCACAGGCCCAACAGACAGCACAAGCACCAUAGGUUCCACGGUCAACACUAAUACAGCUGGUACUUCGGACGGUCCAGGUCCCGCAGACACCUCCAUGAAUCCAAGCACCACAGACUCAACAGACAGCACAAGCACCACAGGUCCCACAGUCAGCACUAAUACACCUGGUACUUCUGACAGCCCAGGUCCCACAGAUACCACCAUGAACCCUAUUACUACACGCCCAACAGGCACCACUGAAAUGGCAAGUGCCACGAGCAGCUCUAGUACCACAAACCCAAUGGACAGCGUGAGUAACACAGGUCCCACGGACAGCACUAAUACACCUGGUACUUCUGACAGCCCAGGUCCCACAGAUACCACCAUGAACCCUAUUACUACACGCCCAACAGGCACCACUGAAAUGGCAAGUGCCACGAGCAGCUCUAGUACCACAAACCCAAUGGACAGCGUGAGUAACACAGGUCCCACGGACAGCACUAAUACACCUGGUACUUCGGACAGCCCAGGUGCCAUAGACACCACCAUGAACCCAAGCACCACAGGCCUAACAGGCAGCACUGAAAUGGCAAGUACCACAAGCAGUCCAAGUACCACUAACCCAAUGGACAGCGCGAGUACCACAGGCCCAACAAAUAGCGCAAGCACCACAGGUCCCACAGUCAGCACUAAUACAGCUGGUACUUCCGACAACCCAGGUCCCACAGACACCACCAUGAACCCAAGCACUACACGCCCAACAGUCACCACUGAAAUGGCAAGUGCCACAAGCAGUCCAAGUUCCACAAACCCAAUGGACAGCGCGAGUACCACAGGCCCAACAAAUAGCGCAAGCACCACAGGCCCAACAGACAGCACAAGCACCAUAGGUUCCACGGUCAACACUAAUACAGCUGGUACUUCGGACGGUCCAGGUCCCGCAGACACCUCCAUGAAUCCAAGCACCACAGACUCAACAGACAGCACAAGCACCACAGGUCCCACAGUCAGCACUAAUACACCUGGUACUUCUGACAGCCCAGGUCCCACAGACACCACCAUGAACCCAAUUACUACACGCCCAACAGGCACCACUGAAAUGGCAAGUGCCACGAGCAGCUCUAGUACCACAAACCCAAUGGACAGCGUGAGCAACACAGGUCCCACGGACAGCACUAAUACAGCUGGUACUUCGGACAGCCCAGGUCCCACAGAAACAACCAUGAACCCAAGCACCACAGGCCUAACAGGCAGCACUGAAAUGGCGAGUACCACAAGCAGUCCAAGUACCACAAACCCAAUGGACAGCGCGAGUACCACAGGCCCAACAAAUAGCGCAAGCACCACAGGCCCAACAGACAGCACAAGCACCAUAGGUUCCACGGACAGCACUAAUACACCUGGUACUUCGGACAGCCCAGGUGCUAUAGACACCACCAUGAACCCAAGCACUACACGCCCAACAGUCACCACUGAAAUGGCAAGUGCCACGAGCAGCUCUAGUACCACAAACCCAAUGGACAGCGCGAGUACCACAGGCCCAACAAAUAGCGCAAGCACCACAGGCCAAACAGGGAGCACAAGCACCACAGGUCCCACAGUCAGCACUAAUACAGCUGGUACUUCUGACAGCCCAGGUCCCACAGACACCACCAUGAACCCAAUUACUACACGGCCAACAGGCACCACUGAAAUGGCAAGUGCCACAAGCAGUCCAAGUACCACAAACCCAAUGGACAGCGCGAGUACCACAGGCCCAACAAAUAGCGCAAGCACCACAGGUCCCACAGACAGCACUAAUACAGCUGGUACUUCGGACGGUCCAGGUCCCACAGACACCACCAUGAAUCCAAGCACCACAGGCUCAACAGACAGCACAAGCACCACAGGUCCCACAGACAGCACUAAUACACCUGGUACUUCUGACAGCCCAGGUCCCACAGACACCACCAUGAACCCAAUUACUACACGCCCAACAGGCACCACUGAAAUGGCAAGUGCCACGAGCAGCUCUAGUACCACAAACCCAAUGGACAGCGUGAGUAACACAGGUCCCACGGACAGCACUAAUACACCUGGUACUUCGGACAGCCCAGGUGCCAUAGACACCACCAUGAACCCAAGCACAACAGGCCUAACAGGCAGCACUGAAAUGGCGAGUACCACAAGCAGUCCAAGUACCACUAACCCAAUGGACAGCGCGAGUACCACAGGCCCAACAAAUAGCGCAAGCACCACAGGCCAAACAGGGAGCACAAGCACCACAGGUCCCACAGUCAGCACUAAUAGAGCUGGUACUUCGGACAGCCCAGGUCCCACAGAGACCACCAUGAACCCUAUUACUACACGCCCAACAGGCACCACUGAAAUGGCAAGUGCCACAAGCAGCUCUAGUACCACAAACCCAAUGGACAGCGUGAGUAACACAGGUCCCACGGACAGCACUAAUACACCUGGUACUUCAGACAGCCCAGGUCCCACAGAUACCACCAUGAACCCUAUUACUACACGCCCAACAGGCACCACUGAAAUGGCAAGUGCCACGAGCAGCUCUAGUACCACAAACCCAAUGGACAGCGUGAGUAACACAGGUCCCACGGACAGCACUAAUACACCUGGUACUUCGGACAGCCCAGGUGCCAUAGACACCACCAUGAACCCAAGCACAACAGGCCUAACAGGCAGCACUGAAAUGGCGAGUACCACAAGCAGUCCAAGUACCACUAACCCAAUGGACAGCGCGAGUACCACAGGCCCAACAAAUAGCGCAAGCACCACAGGCCAAACAGGGAGCACAAGCACCACAGGUCCCACAGUCAGCACUAAUACAGCUGGUACUUCGGACAGCCCAGGUCCCACAGAGACCACCAUGAACCCUAUUACUACACGCCCAACAGGCACCACUGAAAUGGCAAGUGCCACAAGCAGCUCUAGUACCACAAACCCAAUGGACAGCGUGAGUAACACAGGUCCCACGGACAGCACUAAUACACCUGGUACUUCUGACAGCCCAGGUCCCACAGAAACCACCAUGAACCCUAUUACUACACGCCCAACAGGCACCACUGAAAUGGCAAGUACCACAAGCAGUCCAAGUACCACAAACCCAAUGGACAGCGCGAGUACCACAGGCCCAACAAAUAGCGCAAGCACCACAGGCCCAACAGACAGCACAAGCACCACAGGUCCCACAGUCAGCACUAAUACAGCUGGCACCACUGAAAUGGCAAGUGCCACGAGCAGCUCUAGUACCACAAAUCCAAUGGACAGCGUGAGUAACACAGGUCCCACGGACAGCACUAAUACACCUGGUACUUCGGACAGCCAAGGUGCCAUAGACACCACCAUGAACCCAAGCACUACACGCCCAACAGUCACCACUGAAAUGGCAAGUGCCACGAGCAGUCCAAGUUCCACAAACCCAAUGGACAGCGCGAGUACCACAGGCCCAACAAAUAGCACACGCACCACAGGUCCCACAGUCAGCACUAAUACACCUGGUACUUCUGACAGCCCAGGUCCUAUAGACACCACCAUGAACCCAAUUACUACACGCCCAACAGGCACCACUGAAAUGGCAAGUGCCACGAGCAGCUCUAGUACCACAAACCCAAUGGACAGCGCGAGUACCACAGGCCCAACAAAUAGCGCAAGCACCACAGGCCCAACAGACAGCACAAGCACCAUAGGUUCCACGGACAGCACUAAUACACCUGGUACUUCGGACAGCCCAGGUGCCAUAGACACCACCAUGAACCCAAGCACUACACGCCCAACAGUCACCACUGAAAUGGCAAGUGCCACGAGCAGUCCAAGUUCCACAAACCCAAUGGACAGCGCGAGUACCACAGGCCCAACAAAUAGCGCAAGCACCACAGGCCAAACAGGGAGCACAAGCACCACAGGUCCCACAGUCAGCACUAAUACACCUGGUACUUCUGACAGCCCAGGUCCCACAGACACCACCAUGAACCCAAUUACUACACGCCCAACAGGCACCACUGAAAUGGCAAGUGCCACGAGCAGCUCUAGUACCACAAACCCAAUGGACAGCGUGAGCAACACAGGUCCCACGGACAGCACUAAUACAGCUGGUACUUCCGACAACCCAGGUGCCAUAGACACCACCAUGAACCCAAGCACCACAGGCCUAACAGGCAGCACUGAAAUGGCGAGUUCCACAAGCAGUCCAAGUACCACUAACCCAAUAGACAGCGCGAGUACCACAGGCCCAACAAAUAGCGCAAGCACCACAGGCCCAACAGACAGCACAAGCAACACAGGUCCCACAGUCAGCACUAAUACAGCUGGUACUUCUGACAACCCAGGUCCCACAGACACCACCAUGAACCCAAGCACUACACGCCCAACAGUCACCACUGAAAUGGCAAGUGCCACGAGCAGCUCUAGUACCACAAACCCAAUGGACAGCGCGAGUACCACAGGCCCAACAAAUAGCGCAAGCACCACAGGCCCAACAGACAGCACAAGCACCAUAGGUUCCACGGACAGCACUAAUACACCUGGUACUUCGGACAGCCCAGGUGCCAUAGACACCACCAUGAACCCAAGCACUACACGCCCAACAGUCACCACUGAAAUGGCAAGUGCCACGAGCAGUCCAAGUUCCACAAACCCAAUGGACAGCGCGAGUACCACAGGCCCAACAAAUAGCGCAAGCACCACAGGCCAAACAGGGAGCACAAGCACCACAGGUCCCACAGUCAGCACUAAUACACCUGGUACUUCUGACAGCCCAGGUCCCACAGACACCACCAUGAACCCAAUUACUACACGCCCAACAGGCACCACUGAAAUGGCAAGUGCCACGAGCAGCUCUAGUACCACAAACCCAAUGGACAGCGUGAGCAACACAGGUCCCACGGACAGCACUAAUACAGCUGGUACUUCCGACAACCCAGGUGCCAUAGACACCACCAUGAACCCAAGCACCACAGGCCUAACAGGCAGCACUGAAAUGGCGAGUUCCACAAGCAGUCCAAGUACCACUAACCCAAUAGACAGCGCGAGUACCACAGGCCCAACAAAUAGCGCAAGCACCACAGGCCCAACAGACAGCACAAGCAACACAGGUCCCACAGUCAGCACUAAUACAGCUGGUACUUCUGACAACCCAGGUCCCACAGACACCACCAUGAACCCAAGCACUACACGCCCAACAGUCACCACUGAAAUGGCAAGUGCCAGGAGCAGUCCAAGUUCCACAAACCCAAUGGACAGCGCGAGUACCACAGGCCCAACAAAUAGCACAAGCACCACAGGUCCCACAGUCAGCACUAAUACACCUGGUACUUCUGACAGCCCAGGUCCUAUAGACACCACCAUGAACCCAAUUACUACACGCCCAACAGGCACCACUGAAAUGGCAAGUGCCACGAGCAGCUCUAGUACCACAAACCCAAUGGACAGCGUGAGCAACACAGGUCCCACGGACAGCACUAAUACACCUGGUACUUCGGACAGCCCAGGUGCCAUAGACACCACCAUGAACCCAAGCACCACAGGCCUAACAGGCAGCACUGAAAUGGCAAGUACCACAAGCAGUCCAAGUACCACAAAUCCAAUGGACAGCGCGAGUACCACAGGCCCAACAAAUAGCGCAAGCACCACAGGCCCAACAGACAGCACAAGCACCAUAGGUUCCACGGUCAACACUAAUACAGCUGGUACUUCGGACGGUCCAGGUCCCGCAGACACCUCCAUGAAUCCAAGCACCACAGACUCAACAGACAGCACAAGCACCACAGGUCCCACAGUCAGCACUAAUACACCUGGUACUUCUGACAGCCCAGGUCCCACAGAUACCACCAUGAACCCUAUUACUACACGCCCAACAGGCACCACUGAAAUGGCAAGUGCCACGAGCAGCUCUAGUACCACAAACCCAAUGGACAGCGUGAGUAACACAGGUCCCACGGACAGCACUAAUACACCUGGUACUUCUGACAGCCCAGGUCCCACAGAUACCACCAUGAACCCAAGCACCACAGGCCUAACAGGCAGCACUGAAAUGGCAAGUACCACAAGCAGUCCAAGUACCACUAACCCAAUGGACAGCGCGAGUACCACAGGCCCAACAAAUAGCGCAAGCACCACAGGUCCCACAGUCAGCACUAAUACAGCUGGUACUUCCGACAACCCAGGUCCCACAGACAACACCAUGAACCCAAGCACUACACGCCCAACAGUCACCACUGAAAUGGCAAGUGCCACGAGCAGUCCAAGUUCCACAAACCCAAUGGACAGCGCGAGUACCACAGGCCCAACAAAUAGCGCAAGCACCACAGGCCCAACAGACAGCACAAGCACCACAGGUCCCACAGUCAGCACUAAUACAGCUGGUACUUCCGACAACCCAGGUCCCACAGACACCACCAUGAACCCAAGCACUACACGCCCAACAGUCACCACUGAAAUGGCAAGUGCCACGAGCAGUCCAAGUUCCACAAACCCAAUGGACAGCGCGAGUACCACAGGCCCAACAAAUAGCGCAAGCACCACAGGCCAAACAGGGAGCACAAGCACCACAGGUCCCACAGUCAGCACUAAUACACCUGGUACUUCUGACAGCCCAGGUCCCACAGACACCACCAUGAACCCAAUUACUACACGCCCAACAGGCACCACUGAAAUGGCAAGUGCCACGAGCAGCUCUAGUACCACAAACCCAAUGGACAGCGUGAGCAACACAGGUCCCACGGACAGCACUAAUACAGCUGGUACUUCGGACAGCCCAGGUCCCACAGAAACAACCAUGAACCCAAGCACCACAGGCCUAACAGGCAGCACUGAAAUGGCGAGUACCACAAGCAGUCCAAGUACCACAAACCCAAUGGACAGCGCGAGUACCACAGGCCCAACAAAUAGCGCAAGCACCACAGGCCAAACAGGGAGCACAAGCACCACAGGUCCCACAGUCAGCACUAAUAGAGCUGGUACUUCGGACAGCCCAGGUCCCACAGAGACCACCAUGAACCCUAUUACUACACGCCCAACAGGCACCACUGAAAUGGCAAGUGCCACGAGCAGCUCUAGUACCACAAACCCAAUGGACAGCGUGAGUAACACAGGUCCCACAGUCAGCACUAAUACAGCUGGUACUUCCGACAACCCAGGUCCCACAGACACCACCAUGAACCCAAGCACUACACGCCCAACAGUCACCACUGAAAUGGCAAGUGCCACGAGCAGUCCAAGUUCGACAAACCCAAUGGACAGCGCGAGUACCACAGGCCCAACAAAUAGCGCAAGCACCACAGGCCAAACAGGGAGCACAAGCACCACAGGUCCCACAGUCAGCACUAAUAGAGCUGGUACUUCGGACAGUCCAGGUCCCACAGACACCACCAUGAACCCUAUUACUACACGCCCAACAGGCACCACUGAAAUGGCAAGUGCCACGAGCAGCUCUAGUACCAUAAACCCAAUGGACAGCGUGAGUAACACAGGUCCCACGGACAGCACUAAUACACCUGGUACUUCGGACAGCCCAGGUGCCAUAGACACCACCAUGAACCCAAGCACCACAGGCCUAACAGGCAGCACUGAAAUGGCGAGUACCACAAGCAGUCCAAGUACCACUAACCCAAUGGACAGCGCGAGUACCACAGGCCUAACAAAUAGCGCAAGCACCACAGGCCCAACAGACAGCACAAGCACCACAGGUCCCACAGUCAGCACUAAUACAGCUGGUACUUCGGACAGUCCAGGUCCCACAGACACCACCAUGAACCCUAUUACUACACGCCCAACAGGCACCACUGAAAUGGCAAGUGCCACGAGCAGCUCUAGUACCACAAACCCAAUGGACAGCGUGAGUAACACAGGUCCCACGGACAGCACUAAUACACCUGGUACUUCUGACAGCCCAGGUCCCACAGAUACCACCAUGAACCCUAUUACUACACGCCCAACAGGCACCACUGAAAUGGCAAGUGCCACGAGCAGCUCUAGUACCACAAACCCAAUGGACAGCGUGAGUAACACAGGUCCCACGGACAGCACUAAUAAACCUGGUACUUCAGACAGCCCAGGUGCCAUAGACACCACCAUGAACCCAAGCACCACAGGCCUAACAGGCAGCACUGAAAUGGCGAGUACCACAAGCAGUCCAAGUACCACUAACCCAAUGGACAGCGCGAGUACCACAGGCCCAACAAAUAGCGCAAGCACCACAGGCCAAACAGGGAGCACAAGCACCACAGGUCCCACAGUCAGCACUAAUACACCUGGUACUUCUGACAGCCCAGGUCCCACAGACACCACCAUGAACCCAAUUACUACACGCCCAACAGGCACCACUGAAAUGGCAAGUGCCACGAGCAGCUCUAGUACCACAAACCCAAUGGACAGCGUGAGCAACACAGGUCCCACGGACAGCACUAAUACAGCUGGUACUUCGGACAGCCCAGGUCCCAUAGACACCACCAUGAACCCUAUUACUACACGCCCAACAGGCACCACUGAAAUGGCAAGUGCCACGAGCAGCUCUAGUACCACAAACCCAAUGGACAGCGUGAGUAACACAGGUCCCACGGACAGCACUAAUACACCUGGUACUUCAGACAGCCCAGGUGCCAUAGACACCACCAUGAACCCAAGCACCACAGGCCUAACAGGCAGCACUGAAAUGGCGAGUACCACAAGCAGUCCAAGUACCACUAACCCAAUAGACAGCGCGAGUACCACAGGCCCAACAAAUAGCGCAAGCACCACAGGCCCAACAGACAGCACAAGCACCACAGGUCCCACAGUCAGCACUAAUACAGCUGGUACUUCCGACAACCCAGGUCCCACAGACACCACCAUGAACCCAAUUACUACACGCCCAACAGGCACCACUGAAAUGGCAAGUGCCACAAGCAGCUCAAGUACCACAAACCCAAUGGACAGCGUGAGUAACACAGGUCCCACGGACAGCACUAAUACACCUGGUACUUCGGACAGCCCAAGUCCCAUAGACACCACCAUGAACCCAAUUACUACACGCCCAACAGGCACCACUGAAAUGGCAAGUGCCACGAGCAGCUCUAGUACCACAAACCCAAUGGACAGCGUGAGUAACACAGGUCCCACGGACAGCACUAAUACACCUGGUACUUCAGACAGCCCAGGUGCCAUAGACACCACCAUGAACCCAAGCACCACAGGCCUAACAGGCAGCACUGAAAUGGCGAGUACCACAAGCAGUCCAAGUACCACUAACCCAAUGGACAGCGCGAGUACCACAGGCCCAACAAAUAGCGCAAGCACCACAGGCCCAACAGACAGCACAAGCACCAUAGGUUCCACGGUCAACACUAAUACAGCUGGUACUUCGGACGGUCCAGGUCCCGCAGACACCUCCAUGAAUCCAAGCACCACAGACUCAACAGACAGCACAAGCACCACAGGUCCCACAGUCAGCACUAAUACACCUGGUACUUCUGACAGCCCAGGUCCCACAGAUACCACCAUGAACCCUAUUACUACACGCCCAACAGGCACCACUGAAAUGGCAAGUGCCACGAGCAGCUCUAGUACCACAAACCCAAUGGACAGCGUGAGUAACACAGGUCCCACGGACAGCACUAAUACACCUGGUACUUCGGACAGCCCAGGUGCCAUAGACACCACCAUGAACCCAAGCACCACAGGCCUAACAGGCAGCACUGAAAUGGCAAGUACCACAAGCAGUCCAAGUACCACUAACCCAAUGGACAGCGCGAGUACCACAGGCCCAACAAAUAGCGCAAGCACCACAGGUCCCACAGUCAGCACUAAUACAGCUGGUACUUCCGACAACCCAGGUCCCACAGACACCACCAUGAACCCAAGCACUACACGCCCAACAGUCACCACUGAAAUGGCAAGUGCCACGAGCAGUCCAAGUUCCACAAACCCAAUGGACAGCGCGAGUACCACAGGCCCAACAAAUAGCGCAAGCACCACAGGCCCAACAGACAGCACAAGCACCAUAGGUUCCACGGUCAACACUAAUACAGCUGGUACUUCGGACGGUCCAGGUCCCGCAGACACCUCCAUGAAUCCAAGCACCACAGACUCAACAGACAGCACAAGCACCACAGGUCCCACAGUCAGCACUAAUACACCUGGUACUUCUGACAGCCCAGGUCCCACAGACACCACCAUGAACCCAAUUACUACACGCCCAACAGGCACCACUGAAAUGGCAAGUGCCACGAGCAGCUCUAGUACCACAAACCCAAUGGACAGCGUGAGUAACACAGGUCCCACGGACAGCACUAAUACACCUGGUACUUCGGACAGCCCAGGUCCCACAGAAACCACCAUGAACCCAAGCACCACAGGCCUAACAGGCAGCACUGAAAUGGCGAGUACCACAAGCAGUCCAAGUACCACUAACCCAAUGGACAGCGCGAGUACCACAGGCCCGACAAAUAGCGCAAGCACCACAGGCCAAACAGUCACCACUAAUACAGCUGGUACUUCGGACAGUCCAGGUCCCACAGACACCACCAUGAACCCAAGCACUACACGCCCAACAGGCAGCACUGAAAUGGCAAGUGCCACGAGCAGCUCUAGUACCACAAACCCAAUGGACAGCGUGAGUAACACAGGUCCCACGGACAGCACUAAUACACCUGGUACUUCGGACAGCCCAGGUCCCACAGACACCACCAUGAACCCAAGCACAACAGCCAGCACUGAAAUGGCAAGUACCACAAGCAGUCCAAGUACCACAAACCCAAUGGACAGUGCGAGUACCACAGGCCCAACAGACAGCACUAAUACAGCUGGUACUUCGGACAGCCCAGGUACGAUAGAAACCACCAUGAUCCAAAGCACCACAGGCCUAACAAGCAGCACUGAAAUGGCAAGUUCCACAAGCAACCCAGGUACCACACGCACAACAGACGGCAAUAAUACAGCUGAUACUUCGGACAGUCCAGGUACCACAAACCCAAUAGAAGGCACGAGUACCACACGCCCAACAGACAGCAAUAAUACAGCUGGUACUUCGGACAGUCCAGGUACCAUAGACACCACCAUGAUCCAAAGCACUACAAGCCCAACAGGCAGCACUGAAAUGGCAAGUACCACAAGCAGUCCAAGUACCACAAACCCAAUGGACAGCGCGAGUACCACAGGCCCGACAGAUAGCACUAAUACAACUGGUAAUUCGGACGGUCCAGGUCCCACAGACACCUCCAUGAAUCCAAGCACCACAGACUCAACAGACAGCACAAGCACCACAGGUCCCACAGUCAGCACUAAUACACCUGGUACUUCUGACAGCCCAGGUCCCACAGAUACCACCAUGAACCCUAUUACUACACGCCCAACAGGCACCACUGAAAUGGCAAGUGCCACGAGCAGCUCUAGUACCACAAACCCAAUGGACAGCGUGAGUAACACAGGUCCCACGGACAGCACUAAUACACCUGGUACUUCGGACAGCCCAGGUCCCAUAGACACCACCAUGAACCCAAGCACUACACGCCCAACAGUCACCACUGAAAUGGCAAAUGCCACGAGCAGUCCAAGUUCGACAAACCCAAUGGACAGCGCGAGUACCACAGGCCCAACAAAUAGCGCAAGCACCACAGGCCAAACAGGGAGCACAAGCACCACAGGUCCCACAGUCAGCACUAAUAGAGCUGGUACUUCGGACAGUCCAGGUCCCACAGACACCACCAUGAACCCUAUUACUACACGCCCAACAGGCACCACUGAAAUGGCAAGUGCCACGAGCAGCUCUAAUACCACAAACCCAAUGGACAGCGCGAGUACCACAGGCCCAACAAAUAGCGCAAGCACCACAGGCCCAACAGACAGCACAAGCACCACAGGUCCCACAGUCAGCACUAAUACAGCUGGUACUUCCGACAACCCAGGUCCCACAGACACCACCAUGAACCCAAGCACUACGGGCCCAACAGUCACCACUGAAAUGGCAAGUGCCACGAGCAGUCCAAGUUCCACAAACCCAAUGGACAGCGCGAGUACCACAGGCCCAACAAAUAGCGCAAGCACCACAGGCCAAACAGGGAGCACAAGCACCACAGGUCCCACAGUCAGCACUAAUACACCUGGUACUUCUGACAGCCCAGGUCCCACAGACACCACCAUGAACCCAAUUACUACACGCCCAACAGGCACCACUGAAAUGGCAAGUGCCACGAGCAGCUCUAGUACCACAAACCCAAUGGACAGCGUGAGUAACACAGGUCCCACGGACAGCACUAAUACACCUGGUACUUCGGACAGCCCAGGUGCCAUAGACACCACCAUGAACCCAAGCACCACAGGCCUAACAGGCAGCACUGAAAUGGCAAGUACCACAAGCAGUCCAAGUACCACUAACCCAAUGGACAGCGCGAGUACCACAGGCCCAACAAAUAGCGCAAGCACCACAGGUCCCACAGUCAGCACUAAUACAGCUGGUACUUCCGACAACCCAGGUCCCACAGACAACACCAUGAACCCAAGCACUACACGCCCAACAGUCACCACUGAAAUGGCAAGUGCCACGAGCAGUCCAAGUUCCACAAACCCAAUGGACAGCGCGAGUACCACAGGCCCAACAAAUAGCGCAAGCACCAAAGGCCAAACAGGGAGCACAAGCACCACAGGUCCCACAGUCAGCACUAAUAGAGCUGGUACUUCGGACAGUCCAGGUCCCACAGACACCACCAUGAACCCUAUUACUACACGCCCAACAGGCACCACUGAAAUGGCAAGUGCCACGAGCAGCUCUAGUACCACAAACCCAAUGGACAGCGCGAGUACCACAGGCCCAACAAAUAGCGCAAGCACCACAGGCCCAACAGACAGCACGAGCACCACAGGUCCCACAGUCAGCACUAAUACAGCUGGUACUUCGGACAGUCCAGGUCCCACAGACACCACCAUGAACCCUAUUACUACACGCCCAACAGGCACCACUGAAAUGGCAAGUGCCACGAGCAGCUCUAGUACCACAAACCCAAUGGACAGCGUGAGUAACACAGGUCCCACGGACAGCACUAAUACACCUGGUACUUCAGACAGCCCAGGUGCCAUAGACACCACCAUGAACCCAAGCACCACAGGCCUAACAGGCAGCACUGAAAUGGCGAGUACCACAAGCAGUCCAAGUACCACUAACCCAAUGGACAGCGCGAGUACCACAGGCCCAACAAAUAGCGCAAGCACCACAGGCCCAACAGACAGCACAAGCACCACAGGUCCCACAGUCAGCACUAAUACAGCUGGUACUUCCGACAACCCAGGUCCCACAGACACCACCAUGAACCCAAGCACUACACGCCCAACAGUCACCACUGAAAUGGCAAGUGCCACGAGCAGUCCAAGUUCCACAAACCCAAUGGACAGCGCGAGUACCACAGGCCCAACAAAUAGCGCAAGCACCACAGGCCAAACAGGGAGCACAAGCACCACAGGUCCCACAGUCAGCACUAAUACACCUGGUACUUCUGACAGCCCAGGUCCCACAGACACCACCAUGAACCCAAUUACUACACGCCCAACAGGCACCACUGAAAUGGCAAGUGCCACGAGCAGCUCUAGUACCACAAACCCAAUGGACAGCGUGAGCAACACAGGUCCCACGGACAGCACUAAUACAGCUGGUACUUCGGACAGCCCAGGUCCCAUAGAAACAACCAUGAACCCAAGCACCACAGGCCUAACAGGCAGCAGUGAAAUGGCGAGUACCACAAGCAGUCCAAGUACCACAAACCCAAUGGACAGCGCGAGUACCACAGGCCCAACAAAUAGCGCAAGCACCACAGGCCCAACAGACAGCACAAGCACCAUAGGUUCCACGGACAGCACUAAUACACCUGGUACUUCGGACAGCCCAGGUGCUAUAGACACCACCAUGAACCCAAGCACUACACGCCCAACAGUCACCACUGAAAUGGCAAGUGCCACGAGCAGUCCAAGUUCCACAAACCCAAUGGACAGCGCGAGUACCACAGGCCCAACAAAUAGCGCAAGCACCACAGGCCAAACAGGGAGCACAAGCACCACAGGUCCCACAGUCAGCACUAAUACAGCUGGUACUUCUGACAGCCCAGGUCCCACAGACACCACCAUGAACCCAAUUACUACACGCCCAACAGGCACCACUGAAAUGGCAAGUGCCACGAGCAGCUCUAGUACCACAAACCCAAUGGACAGCGUGAGUAGCACAGGUCCCACGGACAGCACUAAUACAGCUGGUACUUCCGACAACCCAGGUGCCAUAGACACCACCAUGAACCCAAGCACCACAGGCCUAACAGGCAGCACUGAAAUGGCGAGUACCACAAGCAGUCCAAGUACCACUAACCCAAUAGACAGCGCGAGUACCACAGGCCCAACAAAUAGCGCAAGCACCACAGGCCCAACAGACAGCACAAGCACCACAGGUCCCACAGUCAGCACUAAUACAGCUGGUACUUCCGACAACCCAGGUCCCACAGACACCACCAUGAACCCAAGCACUACACGCCCAACAGUCACCACUGAAAUGGCAAGUGCCACGAGCAGUCCAAGUUCCACAAACCCAAUGGACAGCGCGAGUACCACAGGCCCAACAAAUAGCGCAAGCACCACAGGCCAAACAGGGAGCACAAGCACCACAGGUCCCACAGUCAGCACUAAUACACCUGGUACUUCUGACAGCCCAGGUCCCACAGACACCACCAUGAACCCAAUUACUACACGCCCAACAGGCACCACUGAAAUGGCAAGUGCCACGAGCAGCUCUAGUACCACAAACCCAAUGGACAGCGUGAGCAACACAGGUCCCACGGACAGCACUAAUACAGCUGGUACUUCGGACAGCCCAGGUCCCACAGAAACAACCAUGAACCCAAGCACCACAGGCCUAACAGGCAGCACUGAAAUGGCGAGUACCACAAGCAGUCCAAGUACCACUAACCCAAUAGACAGCGCGAGUACCACAGGCCCAACAAAUAGCGCAAGCACCACAGGCCCAACAGACAGCACAAGCACCAUAGGUUCCACGGUCAACACUAAUACAGCUGGUACUUCGGACGGUCCAGGUCCCGCAGACACCUCCAUGAAUCCAAGCACCACAGACUCAACAGACAGCACAAGCACCACAGGUCCCACAGUCAGCACUAAUACACCUGGUACUUCUGACAGCCCAGGUCCCACAGAUACCACCAUGAACCCUAUUACUACACGCCCAACAGGCACCACUGAAAUGGCAAGUGCCACGAGCAGCUCUAGUACCACAAACCCAAUGGACAGCGUGAGUAACACAGGUCCCACGGACAGCACUAAUACACCUGGUACUUCGGACAGCCCAGGUGCCAUAGACAGCACCAUGAACCCAAGCACCACAGGCCUAACAGGCAGCACUGAAAUGGCAAGUACCACAAGCAGUCCAAGUACCACUAACCCAAUGGACAGCGCGAGUACCACAGGCCCAACAAAUAGCGCAAGCACCACAGGUCCCACAGUCAGCACUAAUACAGCUGGUACUUCCGAUAACCCAGGUCCCACAGACACCACCAUGAACCCAAGCACUACACGCCCAACAGUCACCACUGAAAUGGCAAGUGCCACGAGCAGUCCAAGUUCCACAAACCCAAUGGACAGCGCGAGUACCACAGGCCCAACAAAUAGCGCAAGCACCACAGACCAAACAGGGAGCACAAGCACCACAGGUCCCACUGUCAGCACUAAUACAGCUGGUACUUUGGACAGCCCAGGUCCUAUAGACACCACCAUGAACCCAAGCACUACACGCCCAACAGGCACCACUGAAAUGGCAAGUGCCACGAGCAGCUCUAGUACCACAAACCUAAUGGACAGCGUGAGUAACACAGGUCCCACGGACAGCACUAAUACACCUGGUACUUCGGACAGCCCAGGUCCCACAGACACCACCAUGAACCCAAGCACAACAGCCAGCACUGAAAUGGCAAGUACCACAAGCAGUCCAAGUACCACAAACCCAAUGGACAGAGCGAGUACCACAGGCCCAACAGACAGCACUAAUACAGCUGCUACUUCGGACAGUCCAGGUCCCACGGAUACCAACAUGAUCCCAAGCACCACAGGCCCAACAGGCAGCACUGAAAUGGCAAGUUCCACAAGCAACCCAAGUACCGCAAACCCAAUGGACAGCACGAGCACCGACGGUUCCACAGACAGCACUAAUACAGCUGGUACUUCGGACAGCCCAGGUACGAUAGAAACCACCAUGAUCCAAAGCACCACAGGCCUAACAAGCAGCACUGAAAUGGCAAGUUCCACAAGCAACCCAGGUACCACACGCACAACAGACGGCAAUAAUACAGCUGAUACUUCGGACAGUCCAGGUACCACAAACCCAAUAGAAGGCACGAGUACCACACGCCCAACAGACAGCAAUAAUACAGCUGGUACUUCGGACAGUCCAGGUACCAUAGACACCACCAUGAUCCAAAGCACUACAAGCCCAACAGGCAGCACUGAAAUGGCAAGUACCACAAGCAGUCCAAGUACCACAAACCCAAUGGACAGCGCGAGUACCACAGGCCCGACAGAUAGCACUAAUACAGCUGGUAAUUCGGACGGUCCAGGUCCCACAGACACCUCCAUGAAUCCAAGCACCACAGACUCAACAGACAGCACAAGCACCACAGGUCCCACAGUCAGCACUAAUACACCUGGUACUUCUGACAGCCCAGGUCCCACAGAUACCACCAUGAACCCUAUUACUACACGCCCAACAGGCACCACUGAAAUGGCAAGUGCCACGAGCAGCUCUAGUACCACAAACCCAAUGGACAGCGUGAGCAACACAGGUCCCACGGACAGCACUAAUACAGCUGGUACUUCGGACAGCCCAGGUCCCAUAGAAACAACCAUGAACCCAAGCACCACAGGCCUAACAGGCAGCACUGAAAUGGCGAGUACCACAAGCAGUCCAAGUACCACUAACCCAAUGGACAGCGCGAGUACCACAGGCCCAACAAAUAGCGCAAGCACCACAGGCCCAACAGACAGCACAAGCACCACAGGUCCCACAGUCAGCACUAAUACAGCUGGUACUUCCGACAACCCAGGUCCCACAGACACCACCAUGAACCCAAGCACUACACGCCCAACAGUCACCACUGAAAUGGCAAGUGCCACGAGCAGUCCAAGUUCCACAAACCCAAUGGACAGCGUGAGUAACACAGGUCCCACGGACAGCACUAAUACACCUGGUACUUCGGACAGCCCAGGUGCCAUAGACACCACCAUGAACCCAAGCACCACAGGCCUAACAGGCAGCACUGAAAUGGCGAGUACCACAAGCAGUCCAAGUACCACUAACCCAAUGGACAGCGCGAGUACCACAGGCCCAACAAAUAGCGCAAGCACCACAGGCCCAACAGACAGCACAAGCACCAUAGGUUCCACGGUCAACACUAAUACAGCUGGUACUUCGGACGGUCCAGGUCCCACAGAUACCACCAUGAACCCUAUUACUACACGCCCAACAGGCACCACUGAAAUGGCAAGUGCCUCGAGCAGCUCUAGUACCACAAACCCAAUGGACAGCGUGAGUAACACAAGUCCCACGGACAGCACUAAUACACCUGGUACUUCGGACAGCCCAGGUGCCAGAGAAACCACCAUGAACCCAAGCACCACAGGCCUAACAGCCAGCGCUGAAAUGGCGAGUACCACAAGCAGUCCAAGUACCACAAACCCAAUGGACAGCGCGAGUACCACAGGUCCCACAGACAGCACUAAUACAGCUGGUACUUCGGACAGUCCAGCUCCCACAGGUACCAACAUGAUCCCAAGCACCACAGGCCUAACACGCAGCACUGAAAUGGCAAGUUCCACAAGCAACCCAGGUACCACACGCCCAACAGACGGCAAUAAUACAGAUGAUACUUCGGACAGUCCAGGUACCACAAACCCAAUAGAAGGCACGAGUACCACACGCCCAACAGAGAGCAAUAAUACAGCUGGUACUUCGGAAAGUCCAGGUACCAUAGACACCACCAUGAUCCAAAGCACUACAAGCCCAACAGGCAGCACUGAAAUUGCAACUGCCACAAGCAGUCCAAGUACCACAAACCUAAUGGUAAGCACGAGCAACACAGGCCCUACAGAGAGCCCAACCUCAACAGGUCCCACAGACAGCACUAAUACAGCUGAUACUUCGGACAGUCCAGGUCCCACAGACACCACCAUGAUCCCAAUCACCUCAAACCCAACAGGCAGCACUGAAAUGGCAACUGCCACAAGCAGUCCAAGUACCGCAAACCCAAUGGAAAGCACGACCACCGAUGGUCCCACAGACAGCACUAAUACGGCUGGUACUUCGAAUAGUCCAGGUACCAUGGAUACCACCAUGAUCCCAAUCACUACAAACCCAACAGGCACCACUGAAAUGGCAAGCGCCACAAGCAGUCCAAGUACUACUAACCCAAUAGACAGCAUUAGCAACACAGGCCCUACAGAGAGCCCAACCACAACAGGUCCCACAGACAGCACUAAUACAGCUGGUACUUCGGACAACCCAGGUCCCAUAGACACCACCAUAAACACAAGCACCACAGGUCCAACAGGCAGCACUGAAAUGGCAAGUGCCACAAGCAGCCCAAGCACCACAAACCCAAUGGACAGCACGAGCACCGAAAGUCCCACAGACAGCACUAAUACAGCUGGUACUUUGGACAGUCCAGGUACCAUAGACACCACAAUUAUCCAAAGCACCAUGAGCCCAACAGGUAGCACUGAAAUGGCAAGUGCCACAAGCAGCGAAAGUACCACAAACCCAAUGGACAGCACGAGCACCACAGGUCCCACACGCAGCACUAAUACAGCUGGUACUUCGGACAACCCUGGUCCAACAGACAUCAGUAUGAACCAAAGCACCACAGGCCCAACAGGCAGCACUGAAAUGGCAAGUGCCACAAGCAGUCCAAGUACCACAAACCCAAUGGACAGCACGAGCACCGAAGGUCCCACAGACAGGACUAAUACAGCUGGUACUUCGGACAGUCCAGGUACCAUAGAUACCACCAUGGUCCAAAGCACCACAGGCCCAACAAGCACCACUGAAAUGGCAAGUUCCACAAGCAACCCAAGUACCACAAACCCAAUAGAGAGCACGAGCACCACAGGUCCCACAGACAGCACUAAUACAGCUGAUACUUCGGACAGCCCAGGUCCCACAGACACCACCAUGAUCCAAAGCACUACAAGCCCAACAGGCAGCACUGAAAUGGCAAGUGCCACAAGCAGUCCAAGUACCGCAAACGCAAUGGACAGCACGAGCACCGAAAGUCCCACAGACAGCACUAAUACAGCUGGUACUUCGGACAGUCCAGGUACCAUAGAGACCACCAUGAUCCAAAGCAGUACAAGCCCAACAGGCACCACUGAAAUGGCAAGUGUAACGAGCAGCCCAAGUAACACCAAUCCAAUGGACAGCACGAGCAACACAGGUCCCACAGACAGCACUAAUACAGCUGGUACUUCGGACAAUCCAGGUACCAUAGACACCACUAUGAUCCAAAGCACUAUGAGCCCAAUAGGCAGCACUGAAAUGGCAAAUGCCACAAGCAGCCCAAGCACCACAAACCCAAUGGACAGCACGACCAACACAGGCCCUACAGAGAACACAACCACAACAGGUCCCACAGACAGCACUAAUACAGCUGGUACUUCGGACAGCCCAGGUCCCACGGAUACCAACAUGAUCCCAAGCACCAUAGGCCUAACAAGCAGCACUGAAAUGGCAAGUGCUACAAGCAUUCCAAUUACCGCAAACCCAAUGGACAGCACGAGCACCGAAGGUUCCACAGACAACACUAAUACAGCUGGUACUUCGGACAGCCCAGGUACGAUAGAAACCACCAUGAUCCAAAGCACCACAGGCCUAACAAGCAGCACUGAAAUGGCAAGUUCCACAAGCAGCCCAAGCACCACAAACCCAAUGGACAGCACGAGCACCACGGGUCCUACGGACAGAACUAGUACAGCUGGUACUUCGGACAGUCCAGGUACCAUAGACACCACAAUGAUCCAAAGCACUAUGAGCCCAACAGGUAGCACUGAAAUGGCAAGUGCCACAAGCAGCGAAAGUACCACAAACCCAAUGGACAGUGCGAGUACCACAGGCCCAACAGAAAGCACUAAUACAGCUGGUACUUCGGACAGUCCAGGUCCCACGGACACCACCAGGAUCCCAAUCACCUCAAACCCAACAGGCAGCACUGAAAUGGCAACUGCCACAAGCAGUCCAAGUACCGCAAACCCAAUGGAAAGCACGACCACCGAUGGUCCCACAGACAGCACUAAUACGGCUGGUACUUCGAAUAGUCCAGGUACCAUGGAUACCACCAUGAUCCAAAGCACUAUGAGCCCAACAGGCAGCACUGAAAUGGCAAGUGCCACGAGCAGCUCAAGUAACACCAACCCAAUGGACAGCACGAGCACCACAGGUCCCACAGACAGCACUAAUACAGCUCGUACUUCGGACAACCCUGGUCCAACAGACACCAGUAUGAACCCAAGCACCACAGGUCCAACAGGCAGCACUGAAAUGGCAAGUGCCACAAGCAGUCCAAGUACCACAAACCCAAUGGAAAGCACGACCACCGAUGGUCCCACAGACAGCACCAAUACGGCUGGUACUUCGAAUAGUCCAGGUACCAUAGACACCACCAUGAUCCAAAGCACUAUGAGCCCAACAGGCAGCACUGAAAUGGCAAGUGCCACAAGCAGUCCAAGUACCACAAACCCAAUGGACAGCACGAGCACCGAAGGUCCCACAGACAGGACUAAUACAGCUGGUACUUCGGACAGUCCAGGUACCAUAGAUACCACCAUGAUCCAAAGCACCACAGGCCCAACAAGCACCACUGAAAUGGCAAGUUCCACAAGCAACCCAAGUACCACAAACCCAAUAGACAGCACGAGCACCACAGGUCCCACAGACAGCACUAAUACAGCUGAUACUUCGGAUAGCCCAGGUACCAUAGACACCACCAUGAUCCAAAGCACUACAAGCCCAAUAGGCAGCACUGAAAUGGCAAGUGCCACAAGCAGUCCAAGUACCGCAAACGCAAUGGACAGCACGAGCACCGAAAGUCCCACAGACAGCACUAAUACAGCUGAUACUUCGGACAGCCCAGGUACCAUUGACACCACCAUGAUCCUAAGCACUACAAGCCCAACAGGCAGCACUGAAAUGGCAAGUGUAACGAGCAGCCCAAGUAACACCAAUCCAAUGGACAGCACGAGCACCACAGGUCCCACAGACAGCACUAAUACAGCUGGUACUUCGGACAGUCCAGGUACCAUAGACACCACUAUGAUCCAAAGCACUAUGAACCCAACAGGCAGCACUGAAAUGGCAAGUGCCACAAGCAGCCGAAGUACUACAAACCCAAUGGACAGCACAAGCUCCACAGGCCCUACAGAGAGCCCAACCACAACAGGUCCCACAGACAGCACUAAUACAGCUGGUACUUCGGACAGCCCAGGUCCCACGGAUACCAACAUGAUCCCAAGCACCAUAGGCCCAACAGGCAGCACUGAAAUGGCAAGUGCUACGAGCAACUCAAGUACCACAAACCCAACGGACAGCGUGAGUAACACAGGUCUCACAGACAGCACUAAUACAGCUGGUACUUCGGACAGUCCAGGUCCCACAGACACCACCAUGAUUCCAAUCACCACAAACCCAACAGGCAGCACUGAAACUGCAAGUGCCACAAGCAGCCCAAGUAGCCCAAACCCAACGGACAGCGCAAACAUCACAGGCCCAUCAGAUGGCCCAAGCACCACAGGUACCACAGACAGCACUGAUACAUUUGGUACUACUGACAGCCCAGGCCCCACAGACAUCAUAAUCAACCCAAGCACCACAGGUCCAACAGGCAGCCCAAGCAAUACAGGCACCAUGGGCCCCAUAGUGGUUGUAGGGGAUCCUGCAGUUCAAAGAGCCAUAGAAGCAGCUGUCGCAGCAGCCACAACAGCCGCUGCAGCAGCAGCAGCAGUGACGGGAGCAGCAGUAGCAGCAACAGCAGCCGCUUUAGGCGGCUUGCCACUAACAGAUGCUGCAGGAAAUGUAUCAGCAGCUGCAAACAGAGCAGCUGUUGCUUCAGAUUCUCUUUUAAGGGGUACUAUAAAUCCAUCCACAGCAGCACAAGCAGCUGAAGAUGCAGCAUUGGAGGCUCUAUUGGCUGCAAUAGCUGCGGCGCAAGGGGCAACAACAGCAACGGGGGGCCUGGCUUCUCUUGCAAGAAAUGUAUCUGAAGCAGCAGCAAAAGCAGCAUUGGCAGCGAGAGCAGCUGCAGAUUCUGCAAUUUCACUAGCUAACCUUACGGCAUCCGGAAACGUUACAGCUAACGCACAAAAGGCCUUUGAUGCUGCAAGAAAUGCCAGCCAACAGGCUGCAAUGGCUGCACAAACCCUCAGUGCAUUACUUACUUCAACAGACCUGCCGUCAGAAACAGCUCAAACUGUUAGACAAGCAUUGGUGUCAGCUGAAAGUGCUGCUGAAUUGGCAAAUGACACCGCGGUACAGACCUUGGUGGCACUGAACACAGCAGAACAAGCAGUGGCUGCAGAGGCAGGAAGUCAAGAAGCUCAAGUAGCUGCAGCCUCAGCAGAAGUACAAAUUGCAGUAGAUUCGGCAAUAGUUUCUGCAAGGGUGGUAUCAGACAUUGUGAGUGCACUGCGUCCUAGCACUACAGGACCCACAGACAGCCCAGGCACCACAGACAGCCUAAAUACAAUAAACCCCACAGAGACUCCAGGCACUGCAGACCCCGGAGACACUGCAGACACCACAGGCACCCCAGUCAGCCCAUCAGACAGCCCAGGCAUCGUAAGCACCACAGGCAGCCCAGGCACUGCAGACCCCGAAGAUACUGCAGACACGACAGGCACCCCAGUCAGCCCGUCAGACAGCCCAGGCAUGGUAGGCACCACAGACAGCCUAAAUACAAUAAACCCCACAGAGAGUCCAGGCACUGCAGACCCCGGAGACACUGCAGACACCACAGGCACCCCAGUCAGCCCAUCAGACAGCCCAGGCAUCGUAAGCACCACAGGCAGCCCAGGCACUGCAGACCCCGGAGACACUACAGACACCACAGGCACCCCAGUCAGCCCAUCAGACAGCCCAGGCAUCAUAAGCACCACAGACAGCCUAAAUACAAUAAACCCCACAGACCCCGGAGACACUGCAGACACCACAGGCACCCCAGUACGCCCAUCAGACAGCCCAGGCAUCGUAAGCACCACAGGCAGCCUAAAUACAAUAAACCCCACAGAGAGCCCAGGCACUUCAGACCCCGGAGACACUGCAGACACCACAGGCACCCUAGUCAGGCCAUCAGACAGCCCAGGCAUCAUUAGCACCACAGACAGCCUAAAUACAAUAAACCCCACAGAGAGCCCAGGCACUGCAGACCCCGGAGACACUGCAGACACCACAGGCACCCCAGUCACCCAAUCAAACAGCCCAGGCAUCGUAAGCACCACAGACAGCCUAAAUACAAUAAACCCCACAGAGAGCCCAGGCACUGCAGACCCCGAUGACACUGGAGACACAACAGGCACCCCAGUCAGCCCGUCAGACAGCCCAGGCAUCAUUAGCACCACAGAGAGCCCAGGCACUGCAGACCCCGAAGACACUGCAGACACAACAGGCACCCCAGUCAGCCCAUCAGACAGCCCAGGCAUCAUUAGGACCACAGAGAGCCCAGGCACUGCAGACCCCGAAGACACUGCAGACACAACAGGCACCCCAGUCAGCCCAUCAGACAGCCCAGGCAUCAUUAGCACCACAGAGAGCCCAGGCACUGCAGACCCCGGAGACACUGCAGACAUCACAGGCACCCCAGUCCCUGCAGAUACAACAGGUAGUGUAAGUACCUUAAAUGCCACAGACAUUCCAGGCAAUGCAGGCUCCACAAACAUUGCAGGUAGCCUAAUUACAACAAACUCCGGGGGCAGCCCAGGCACAGCAAGCCCCACAAGCAGCCCAAGUCUCACAGCCGACCCGGGCCCCGCUAUAAUUUUAGUGGAUCCUGUACUACAAAGAGCCACAGAGGCAGCCGUUGCAGCAGCCACAACAGCCACGGCAGCAGCAGCAUCAGUGACGGGAGCAGCUGUGGCAGCAGCAGCAGCAGCAGCUGUUUCAGGUGGAUUUUCUGCAAGGGAUGCGGCAGGAGAAGUAACAGCAGCUGCAGACAGAGCUGCUGUUGCUUCAUCUUCUCUUUUAGAAGGCACAAUAAAUGCAUCCACAGCAGCACAAGCCGCAGAAGAUGCAGCAGAUGAGGCUUUGUUGGCUGCAGCAGCUGCAGAUCGAGUGGCAGCAUCAGCAACAGGAGCUUUGGCCCCUUUUGCAAGAAAUGUAUCCAUAGCAGCAGCGAACGCAGCAUUGGCAGCGAGAGCAGCAGCAGAUGCUGCAGUUUCAUCAGCCAACCUUACGGAAUCUGGAAACUUAACAGCUAAUGCACAAUUUGCCAUAGGAGCUGCAAGAAAUGCCAGCCAACAGGCUGCAUCGGCUGCACAAACCCUCAGUGCAUUACUUACUUCAACUGACCUGCCAGCAGAAACAGCUGAAACUGUAAGACAAGCGUUGGUGUCGGCUGAAGCUGCUGCUGAAUUGGCAAAUGACACGGCAGUGCAGGCCUUGGUGGCGCUGAACACAGCAGAACAAGUUGUGGCCUCAGAGGAAGGAUGUCAAGAAGCUCAAUUAGCUGCAGCACUAGCCGAAGAACAAGUACAGAAUGCAGUAGAUCUUGCAAGAGAAUCCACACAGAUAGUAUCAAAUGUUGUGAAUGCACUACCUACAAGUGACAAAGAAGUUGCCGAAGCUUCAGCAGCAAGCUCCUUAGCGGCCACAGCAACAUCCCUCGCAGCCUCAGCAGCAGUAGCAACUGGUGCAAGUCUAACUGACGAAGUCAAUGCGGCUCUUCAAAGGGCAGAGGAAGCAUCUGAGGCAGCAAGAUCGGCAGCAGAUGGAGAGACCGAUCGAGAAAUAGCUUUGGAGGUAGCUAGAAAUGCCUCAAGAGCUGCAGCCGACGCAGCAGAAAUUGUGGCUCUUGCUGCACUAGCUGCAGCACCGCAAGGAAGUGUCGAGGAAGAGCUUGCACAGAUAUCAGUAGCUGCGGCGAUGGCAGCCAGACAAGCAGCAAUGGCAAGACCAGGGGAAAUUGCAGAAUCUGCAAGAGAAGUGGCGAACGUAUCGAGGGAAGCUUCAGAACUAUUUAUGAGGCUCACGGGAUCCACACUCACAGUUGAAAUGCUAUCAGCGGUUCGAAAUGCAAAGCAGGUGGCUUUGUUGACGGAAGCCGCAGGAGUAAUAGCAGAAACGGUCGGCGACGGCGCAGACGCACAAUCUGCUGCACGAGCUGCAGCACAAUCCGCUUCAAGAGCGGCAUCAAUAGCAACAGCAGCAGCAAACAGAACUGUUUCUCGCAUAGAAGCUGCUGGUGCCGCACAACGAGCAGUGGUGGCUGGUCUGACAGCCUCGACGGCAGCAGCAACGGCAGUUGGUGCUGCUGCAGCGGCAGCAACCGGGGCAUCGGCCCUCCCUGCAUCCAGCAUUGCAUUGACGGCCGCCAGCGAAGCAGCGAGCGCCGCCACGUCACUGAUCGCGGGAGAAGAAACUUCUUUAGACUUUGCUGUCCUUGAAGCAAAUGAAGCGGCUGGACUGGCAGGAGAUGCGGCGAGCGCUGCCACCACAGCAGCACAAACAUCCCAGUCAUCUUUGGACCUGCAGCUGGCAGAAUUAGCUCAGGAUUCAGCCGGAAUAGCGGAGAGGGCAGCAAACGCUGCACAGAUGGCGGCCUCCGUCCCAGCAACUGGGCAAAUGAUAGCAGCCGCCCUUGUAGCUGCCACAGAAGUAGAAAGGGAUUUUGCGGAGCUGAGACUAGAGUUGGAGAAUUUACUGUCAAGCGCCAGACCAGAAACCCUCAGCGAGCGUGUUGCACUCAACAGCAUCCAAGCUGGGGCGGACGUAGCACAAUGCGUCGGGGAGUUCUCCAGAAGGGCGGCAGAGUCGGCUGUGACGUUGACCAUGACGCCCAACACCGCACACGUCGAAGAAAUGGAAUCUUAUGCCUCCGCGGCGGCAAAAUUGUCCCGGACCACGACCAAUAACACCAGGGGGGUGUUCGACAUCACGCUGCAAUCUAAUGCUGCAAACAUCGAGAAGUUCUCGCUCACCACUGCACUCGCUGCCGUGGUUACGGUGUUCCUCUUAAGCGUGUCGUAAAUGAAGGACUUGUGGAUUUCAGGAAGAAAACCAUUCUGUUCACACCUCAAAAGUUGUAUUUAGUAUUUAAUCAGUGUUGGCUCUGAGAUAUAUUUUGCUUAAUAUUGUCGUUGUUUUUGAUUUCAAAUGGACAUUUGUCACUUUAAGAGUUUUGCCACAGCGGUGACCGGCGAAGAAACAUGUGGCUCGUUAAGCACAGUGGAAAAGAGCCACACAAUUUUUGGACAGUUUGGUGCAUGUCUAGCCUGUGGGAAACCAGCAUCCCGCGGAAUGUUUUGCGCGGGAUUUCCUGCCACUGCUGACAAAAAAAUACAAUUGUUGUGUCAUAUUUAUCUCCUGUCAAAAUAAAUGCUGAAUCAAACUGACAA